GUCUUACGAACUUAUUUACGAUAACAUCAUUUAUUUUCAAGAUUGUGUUUGGACUUAACGAUGCAUAAACUAAAAUGGUGACUGGACUGUAACGACAUACUUAUUUGGCAGGUGUUUUGCUAAUAAAUAGUGCAAAACAAAGACUAUACAAAUGAAGAUGACCGUAAACCGUAUAAGGGUGGUAGUCCUAGGGAGCCCUAGGAGCGGUAAAUCAGCGGUGGUCGUUCGCUAUUUAACCAAACGUUACAUAGGAGAGUACAGCUCGACAGGAGAUUUCCUUUAUCAACAUCGAGUGGCUUUCGAUGGUGCAGUCUCGGAAGUUGAAAUACUGGACACGUCAAACUGUGCGAUUCGUGGAUGUCUAGCAGAGCACGUGCGAUGGGGGGAUGCAUUUGCCGUAGUGUAUUCCGUGUGCGAGCGACGAUCUUUCCUCGCUGCGGCGGAGCUACUGUCGUUGCUAGAGCGAUCCCGCCUUCCGGGUUGCGCUGCCGUCACCCUCUUGGGAAACAAACGUGACCUCGAACACGCCAGGGAGGUCCACGCAGAAGAGGGUCAGGAAUUAUCGCUCAGGUUUGGCUGUCAGUUUUACGAGGUGUCAGCGGCGGAGUCGUGCGCGGGCGCAGCACUCGCGUUCCACGCGCUGCUGCGAGAGGCGCGUGCGCUCGCCUUGCUACUACCCUCACCGAGACGCAAACUUGCUGCGUACUCUGUGUCCAAGGUAAUCGGAACGAUAUUUGGGAAAAACAGCAAGAGUGUGAGGAAGAAAAGACCAUCGCUCAGUAUUUAAUUAUGUCCCUAAAAGGUAUUUAUUUCAUUAACAUAUUGUAAAACCCACAGACUGUCAUACUCUUAAGUAAUGCAUUAGUUUAGCUAGAAUAAAUUUAUUGUCAAUUGUAUAGUAACUUAGUUAUUUAUAUAACAGAGAAAGUAAGUUUGAAUUUUGGAGUUAUGAUGUAAAUAUGUUAAACGACUCGAGCCUCGCAUUUGUAUUAAACUCAAUGUAAGAUAUUUUAGAAGCAAAUAACUGCUGUAAAUAUUGAAUUAAAUUUAUUAUUACAUAUUAAUGUUUACAAUAAACA